AGGGGCGGGUCCUCAAUUGCCUUCUCGACAAGUUUCCCAUCACCGCACAUUUCAAGUCAUAUUUUACGUCAUGUUUUGCACUGGCUAAAAAUGAAAAUAAUGAGUCACACUGCGCAUGGAAUAUCUUGGAUUGAUAACACCUUAAAAGAAAAGCCACAAGAGUAAACUGAAGGAGGGAUUUCUUAAAACUACUUUUCCCAGCAUGCACAGUGGGGUCAGGAGGUCAUGCCACCAGCACAGCUGAGAACAGCAAACAUCUGACCCAGAACAUACUGACUAAGUCCCUCAUGAAAAGGCAAUACUCACAAGCGAAGAGUCAGAUGCAGCCCUCUGGUGGAAACUCUAGCAUGGCUUACUGGUUGAUCGUGUCUUCAUCUGUUGCCUAUCUGACAACUGUGGCACUUGUGGUGUGGCUGCCAAUUAAGUACAUGGUGUUCAUGAAGAAGAAAGCCCUGGUCGGGAGAAAGAAGUGGAGACCUGUUGCUCUGGCGUAUGUGCUCCUCUCCACACUACCCACUUUUGCAUUCCUAAUAGCCAGUUCUGAGGUGCAGAUUAGAAAUUAUAUGCAAUUUGAUACAUUCAGUGAGUUACCUGUGUCUUUGGUCCUAUUUUCACUCAUCCUCAUUGACAUUGUGGAAAGAAUCCGUCACUGCAGACUUACUGGCCGGGCUAAUGAAUUACAUCGAAAUGCAGACAUCCCAACCCUUAGCCCCAUUGAGAUGAUGAUGCCAAUAGCCAGUACCGCCACUGGCCCAUCUCCUGCAGCAGCAAAUAUUAGUGUGGGGCCACAGAAUGGAGCAAGAGCAGCUAAUGGGCCCACGCCAAGGUUACCUGGAAGAACUGCAGUUACAGGGUUAUCAGGCAAUGGGAUGGUCAUUGGGUUGCCCACCAAUGGGGCAAUUACAGGGAUUCCAGGCAACAUGACAGGCUCAGCUGUGCCCAGCAGUGGAGCAGUGCCAGUACUGACAGGCAAUAACGAGAGGCAACCAUACACUAUAUCUGGUAUUUGUCCAGGCACUGGCCUGCCCUUAAGAAAUUCCCCAUAUGCCACUGAAUACACGGGGCCACUCAGUUUUUUGCUAGCAAGUGAUGUGCGUGCUGAAGCCUUUGCCGAGAGCUUCCUGUUCUGGUUGGACACAGUUGAAAUGGUGCGAGUUACAAAUCACACCACUGUCUAUUUCUCAGGUUGGGCUUUACCAGUGUACCUCUUCAGCUUUCUUUCAACACUGCGAUUGGCUCUAAUGCCCCACAGUCCCGUUCUCUCAACCCUGGGGGUGGCCCUACAGGACCUCCCCUUCCUCGUUUUGAGAGUGGCCCUUCUAGCCAUUUUUGGGUUUGUCACUCCAGUCCUGUUUGUGAUGAAGAACCUCUUGGUGUGUUUGGCUUACAUUUACUUUAACUUCAUGACAAAGCUUAAAGUUUUUAACACGGAGAGGAUGUUCUGAUUGGCCUAGUGAGUAAAGUUACAGUGAACUGAACAGCACAAGAAAAUAAAAAAUGUACUGUAGUAAGGCUAGAUUAGAAAUGGAUCUGGUUUCAGAUCACAAAAUGUGGGUAUUAGAUAUAAUAAUCUUGAGUAUUUUCUCAUUCACCCCCCCAUGUCCUUAAUAAUAUAUUUAAUUACUGACUUAAUGAAUGAUUUAAUGUAUUAUUAUAAGGAAUUGACAGUGCCAUGAGACCUGUGUUAAUGAGAUAAGAAUUGAAGCCUCACCUGCUGCACUUUGACCAAAGUUUGUUUCAAGUGAUUUUUUUUCAUGUAUAAUUAUUUUUCACGUUACUUUAUCUUAAUUGUCGUGUAGAUUCACACAUGUUCCCUUUUCUGAA